UCUGGUAGACGUCCCAGGCUGCCCCCUCAGCGAUGCGGUCCCGGUUUCUAUGGAGUGCUGUUCGUCAUCUGUGGGCCCGCCGGCUGGUCCGCCCGGCCCGCCGGCACCUAACCUGCGGGAGCCUGCCGCUGGAGGAGCUGUUCGCCCGAGGCGGGCCCUUGCGGACCUUCCUGGAGCGCCAGGCAGGCUCCGAAGCCCGGCUGCAGGUCAGGGGGGCUGAGCUGCUGGCGGCGGCCCAACUGCUGAGCGAGAAGGAGCGGGAGCUACAGGACACCGAGCAGUUGCUACGCGAUGAAAAUGAAGAUUUAAGGAAACUUGCAGAGAAUGAAAUAACCUCAUGUCAAAAAGAAAUAACUCAGUUGAAGCACCAGAUUAUCUUACUUUUGGUUCCCUCAGAAGAAACAGAUAAGAAUGAUUUGAUCCUGGAGGUAACUGCAGGAGUUGGGGGUCAGGAGGCAAUGUUGUUUACUUCAGAGAUGUUUGAUAUGUAUCAGCAAUAUGCUGCUUUUAAAAGAUGGCAUUUUGAAACCCUGGAAUAUUUUCCAAGUGAAAUAGGUGGCCUUAGACAUGCAUCUGCUAGCAUUGGGGGUUUAGAAGCCUAUAAACACAUGAAAUUUGAAGGAGGUGUGCACAGAGUACAAAGAGUGCCAAAGACAGAGAAGCAAGGCCGCAUCCAUACUAGCACCAUGACUGUAGCAAUCUUACCCCAACCGACUGAGAUUAAUCUGGUGAUUAACCCAAAAGAUUUAAGAAUUGAUACUAAGCGAGCCAGUGGAGCUGGAGGACAGCAUGUAAAUACCACGGACAGUGCUGUCCGGAUAGUUCAUCUUCCAACAGAAUCCUUAGAUGAAACUCUGCGGGAUAAUUGCAAAGCCAGGAAGAUGGAGGGAUCUAAGCCCAGAGAAUUACCAUAUUGGUGACCAUGAAGAAAAGAUAGUCCUUCCAGGUAGCUUCCUAAAGUUUAUAUUUAGUAAAUAUCACUAUUAAAAGAAAAUCCGGGGUGCCAGGCUGGCUCAGUCAGUAGAGCAUGUGACUCUUGAUCUCAGGGUUCUGAGUUCAAGCCCCAUGUUGGUAUGGAGCCAACUCAAAAUUAAAAAAGAAAAUAAUAAGAAAAUCCAAAAUCCUCAGAAUGAAGUCAUUAUCAUGGGUUCUUUGUCAGAAAAUGCUCUAAAUCACUAGUUUUUAGCCUUCUUUGAAGGGAGGGGGACAUGGACUCUUCAGUUUCUCAAGAAAAUGAAAGCUUGGACUUGCUACCCAGAAACACGCUCACAGGUGAAGUGCUGCACUUAACUUCCAGGGCUGCUGCUUCAUUAAGUCCACCCAUAAAUGUCCAGCAGUUCUGAUUAUAGAUAGGCAGUGGAGCUACAUCUAGAUAUUUUUUAUGUCUUCAAUAUACUAUCAGGUAGAACUAAACAUACUUUACAGUCAUUACUGCAGCGAUUUACAUGUGAUAAAGAGCAUAUAGAUAGCAAACCUCAGUUAUCUAGAAAGAUUAUAAAAAUCUCUUACUAUGACCAAUCUCAAAUAUGCAUGGAUCGGCAUAUGGAUGGUAGGAGUUUUUGGUUUUCCUUUUUUUUUUUUUUUCUUAAAUAUUAGGAAAGCCUCAAGUUAAACUCUAAGAUGAUGUCUAUGUAAUACAUAGUAUAUAAACAGGAAUAGGAAAAAAAAUGGAUGAAAGUCCUCAUAAAAAUAUGGAUAGUGACUAUCUCUGGUAGUAGGAUUAACUUUUAAAAUUUUUGUUUCUGUGAUGAGUAAUUACUGCUUUAAAAAAAUUAUGGUGGCCAGCUAAGGGUAUGGGAAAACAACCCAAAUUGAAUGAUUAAAUGCAUAUUGUUCAGUAUGUCUGCCUUCAGUAUGAACAUAUUUUGCACUAUAGCAUAUCAAGCCUAAAUGUUCAUUUUUCUCAGAACUCUAUAAAAAUUAUUUGUUUAUAGUUUUCCCUUUUUUAUUAGAGUUCUAUUUUUUCUCCUC